UAUAAAAACAAAAAAUAUCAGGCUCCUGCUAUGUAGUAGGAGGGGACAGAGGGGGAAUUUUACUACAGUGAUGAAGAUCAUAUGACUCACAUUACAUGAAGAUCAUAUUGAGUUACAGAGGCUAUUAUAGCAGUCUGGCACUUGUUGACUAGUGAGAGAGCUUAUGAAUAGAGUCUGUAAGUAAAAUAGGCAUAAUUAUACUUUUAACUGCUAAAGUAUAUUUUCUACUCCCAGAAUGAUGAGCUUUCUUGGCAUACUGCUACUUUUGAUUACUUUGCUACUUGUUUAUUGUUGCUAUCGUUUGUAUCAUGCGUAUGGUGUCCUUAAGAGGCUGGGAAUCCCUCAUCCUCCCGUUACGCCUUUAAUGGGAAAUGGAAUAGAACUUUUAAAAAUGUCUUCAACUGAUUUUCAAGGAAAAUGGAUUGCUAAAAGUGGAAAGGUGUUUGGUUAUUAUAUGGGUACAAAGGUGAGAAUUGUAAUAGCUGAUCUUGACAUACUCAAGGAGAUCAUGAUAAAGCAGUCCAGCAAAUUUAUCAAUGUAGAUGUAGAACCUCAGAUAAUGAUUAAAAUACGUAGAAAUAUUAACAUGGGACCAGGUUUAUCGUUUGAGGAAGGUGAGGAAUGGAAGCGUGUUCGUCGAAUAAUUACUCCAACUUUUUCAAGCAAGAAACUUAAGCUGAUGAUGCCGUUAGUUGAUAAAAGCAUCAAUUCUCUAAUCAGUGUAUUGGAAGACAUUAACAAAAAGGGACAGAGCGUCAAUAUACAAAAAAUCUAUUCUCAGUUUACUAUGGAAACAAUGCUAGCUGUAGCUUUUGGUUCUGAAGUGAAUUUAUUGAAAGGUGAGGGGAGUGCACUUUCAGAAGCAGCUGCUGGGUUUUUCACUGAGUUGAGCGAACCAUUUUUCAUUUGGCACGAAAUUAUUGACAGUUAUUUCCCUACUUUGCUGAAAUUUCUGAGUGUCAUUGGUGCAAGGAUGCUACCAUUAAGCAAACACAUGAAGGUUAUCAAUGAUACCUCAUUGAGUAUUAUAAAAUCAAGAAGAGAGCAAGUGCAACAAAGCCACAAUGGUAACAAGAGGGAAGAUUUUCUUCAAUUAUUAAUGGAUGCUGAAGCACCAGAUGACCCAGAGAAUGAGUCUAGCAUUAAGGCUUCACGUGUACUAACUGACAAACAGAUUGUUGGUCUCUGCUUUGACUUUAUGCUUGCUGGUCAUGACACUACUAGCAGCAUGCUUGCCUUCACUUCAUAUUUUUUAGCAAUAAACCCUCACGAGCAAGAACAACUGUGUCAAGCCAUUGAUGACUACUAUCAGGAAAACGAAAAUCCUUCUUUGUAUGAUGCGUCACAAAAUAUACCUUAUCUUGAUUGGGUCUUGCAGGAAUCAUUGCGCUUAUAUCCACCAGCACCAAAUACUGGUCGUGUGUGUAAUGAGACAUGUACAAUCAAUGGUGUUACAUUCCUUAAAGGGUUUAGAUUUGAUAUUCCCAUACUGAAGAUACACAUGUCACCAGAGUAUUGGGACCAACCUGAAGUUUUCAAUCCAAAACGGUUUAGUCCAGAAGGCAAGGAGGGUAGGAAUCCUCAGGCUUACAUUCCUUUUGGUUCAGGACCAAGGAGUUGUAUUGGAAUGAGGUUUGCACUAAUGGAGGCUAAGGCUUGCUUAGUGAGUAUAUUGAGGAAGUAUAGGUUUGAAAGAUCACCUGAUACUCAGGUUAGCUGAUCACAAUUAUUCAUUAUAGAU